AUGGAGGAGGAGAUGCAGCCGGCGGAAGAGGGGCCCAGCGUCCCCAAAAUCUACAAGCAGCGCGGCCCCUACAGCGUCCUCAAGACAUUCCCCAGCAAGAGACCGGCGCUGGCCAAGCGCUACGAGCGACCCACCCUGGUGGAGCUGCCGCACGUGCGGCCGCCCCCGCCGGCCUUCGCGCCGCAAGCCGCGGUCUCCAUCAGCAGCAGCGAGCCGCCGCCGCCACCGCAGCAGUUCCAGGCGCAGAGCUCUUACCCACCCGGGCCCGGCCGGGCCGCCGCCGCCGCCUCGUCGUCAUCUCCGUCCUGCACGCCCGCCGCGUCCCAGGGCCACCUGAGGAUCCCAGCGCCGCCGCCCGCGGCCCCCGCCGCGUCGUCGUCCUCAUCUUUCGCCGCCGUCGUCAGGUACGGCUCAGGCCCGGCGGCAGCCGCCGCGGGCAGCAGCAGCGCGGGCGGCAACGGCGCCAGCCUGGAGCUCAGCGCAGAGAGUCGUAUGAUCUUGGACGCCUUUGCUCAACAAUGCAGCCGAGUCCUUAGCCUCUUAAAUUGUGGAGGAAAGCUUCUGGACUCCAGCCAUUCUCAAUCCAUGAUUUCUUGCGUAAAGCAGGAAGGCUCAAGUUACACUGAAAGACAGGAGCAGUGCCCUGUUGGCAAAGGGGUCCACAGUCAGACCUCAGACAAUGUAGACAUAGAGAUGCAAUAUAUGCAAAGGAAACAACAGACUUCUGCCUUCUUGAGGGUUUUCACUGACUCCCUGCAAAAUUACCUGCUCUCCGGGAGCUUUCCGACUGCAAACACCUCCUCGGUCAGUGAGUAUGGCCACCUGGCGGAUGUGGAUCCUCUAGCAACGUCCCCCGUGCACACACUAGGUGGCUGGACCUCCCCAGCGACAUCCGAAUCCCACGGUCACCCAUCCUCUUCUACGCUGCCUGAGGAAGAAGAGGAGGAAGAGGAGGGCUACUGUCCUCGAUGCCAAGAGCUGGAGCAGGAGGUGAUUUCACUGCAACAAGAAAAUGAAGAGCUCAGAAGAAAGUUAGAGAGCAUCCCAGUGCCCUGCCAGACCGUUUUAGACUACCUGAAGACAGUGCUUCAGCACCACAACCAGCUCAUGGUCCCACAGCCAGCCGACCAGCCGGCCGAGGGAAGCAAGCAGCUGUUGAACAACUAUCCUGUCUACAUAACGAGCAAACAGUGGGACGAGGCUGUAAAUUCUUCAAAGAAAGACGGGAGGCGGCUCCUUCGAUACCUCAUCAGAUUUGUUUUCACAACCGAUGAGCUUAAGUACUCAUGCGGCCUUGGGAAAAGGAAAAGGUCAGUGCAGUCAGGAGAGACAGGUCCUGAAAGACGCCCUCUGGAUCCAGUUAAAGUAACAUGCCUCCGAGAAUUCAUUAGGAUGCACUGUACCUCCAACCCCGACUGGUGGAUGCCCUCGGAGGAGCAGAUAAACAAAGUGUUCAGUGACGCUGUGGGUCACGCCCGGCAGGGGCGGGCAGUGGGGACUUUCCUGCACAACGGAGGCUCAUUUUAUGAAGGGAUCGAUCACCAGGCUUCCCAGGAUGAAGUCUUCAGUAAAAAUUCCCAGGAUGGGUCUGGUGAUUAG